AUGGCGCAGGCGGAAGGAGCGCAGGUCCGGGCGGAGGGGGUCUGCACGGAGCAGGUCCCGGCGGAGCGGGUCCGGGCAGAGCGGGUCCGGACGGAGCGGGUCCCGGUGGAGCGGCCGUGCGGCGCCCACCCGGGGCGGCCGCUGGAGCUGUUCUGCGAGGACUGCGGGCUCUGCGUCUGCGCUCUCUGCCCGGCUCUGGGUCCGCACCGCGGACACCGUGCCUGCCUCCUGCCCGACGCCGUCUGCCGCAAGCAGGAACUCAUGCUAUUGUGUUUGAAGGACCUUGAAAAGAGAAAAGAGCAAGAAGCUCAUAACAGAAGGAGCAUAGAGCAGGCUGCUAAUAACCUGAAGGUACAUGCCAUUACAAGCAAAAAGCAGCUGUCAAACCGAGUGUCUGAACUCCAGUUACUGCUUCGGGAAGAGGAGAGUCUGGCAAACAAAUUCAUUGAUGAAAAGACUCAUCAAGCCCUGGAAGCACAUAAUCAGCAGCUGGAGUCUUGUCAGGAAAAGCUUACAGCCCUGGAGAUCUUGUCAAUUCAAAUCAGUCAAGUACAACAGCUCAGUGAUCCUGUUCAGUUCUUGGAGAAGUACACAGAAAUCAAGAAGGAAAUGGAGGAGCCUGGGCACCUGAUGGAACAGUGGCAUCCUGUGCCUCUCUCAUUUGAGCACGUGCUGAACUAUUAUAAGAGCUUCAUGACAUCUCUUCAGGCCGUUCUACAGAAGCCACUAGAAGCCCGUCUCAAAAGAGAUGUUUUCACUAGCCUUGAUGCCACUACAAAGAAGAAGCCUGGAACAGUGUUGAAUACUUUGUCUCCUGUUGAUCGGCAGCUUUUCUUAAAACAUGCAAGAUCACCAACCUGGGAAUAUGACAGCCUUCACCCAAGGCUGAAGUUAUCUGAUGACCGUCUCGUUGUAAGCUGUAACUGGAGGAGGAUAUUUUAUCCUUGUGGUCCCCAGAGGUUUGAUAAGUUAUGGCAAGUGCUAAGCAGAGAUGCUUUCUUUGCUGGGAGCCAUUACUGGGAAGUUGACCUGCUUCAUGCCAGAGCUGGAUGGUGGAUCGGUGCAGCCUACCCUUCCAUUGGCCGGAAAGGCGACUCCGAAACCUGCCGCCUGGGCUGGAACAGAGCCUCUUGGUGCCUGAAGAAGUUUGAUGUUGAAUACUGGGCAUUUCACAAGGGGGAGAGAAUUCCCAUCCAGAUAGAAGAUGAUCCUGACCGCAUCGGCAUUUUUCUGGAUUACGAAGCAGGAAUCCUUUCAUUCUACAACGUUUCAGAUGGCAUGGCUCAUCUGCACACCUUCCACUGCAAGUUCACAGAACCAGUCUACCCAGCUUUGAGGCUCUGGGAAGGCUCCAUUGGAACAUGCAAACUAACAUAAUGAAGAAAGCAAAACAAAAGCCUACUGUUUUGUGCCUUUAUAUAUGAAAGCCGCUUCAGUGAUGAUCUACAUUCACUAAUCUCUGUCCUACGAAAAUUGUAACUGUGAUGCUUUCAGAGAGCUUUAGAAAACCAACUGUAAUUUUUAAUAUAUAUGCACUUUUCAGGGGGAAAGGGGAUCUGACUUUUAUAAAUUACAUCAGUGUACCACCUAAAAGUGCAUUAUAUGAUAUGUUUUGUAUUUUUUUUCCAACUUGCACGGUGGAAAAAGUAUGUCUGAAAAAAGCAUAUUACAACUUGAAUUUGAACCUGGA